AUGGGUCGCACGGUGAAGAAGUCGGCCAAGGUCAUCAUCGAGCGCUACUACCCCAAACUCACCCUCGAUUUCGAGACCAACAAGAGAUUAUGUGAUGAGAUCGCCAUCAUCGCCUCCAAGCGGUUGCGCAACAAGAUCGCCGGCUAUACAACCCAUCUCAUGAAGCGGAUCCAACGUGGCCCGGUGCGAGGCAUCUCCUUCAAACUGCAGGAGGAAGAACGUGAGCGGAAGGAUCAAUACGUGCCCGAAGUUUCGGCUCUCGACUUCACCCAGAACACGGAAAACGGCACCCUGGAUGUGGAUGUGGACACUAAGGACCUGUUGAAGAGCAUGGGCUUUGACCAGGUCAAUGUCACCGUCGUGCCCGUCACACAGCAGCAGAGUGUCGAGAGGGGCGGGAGGAGGUUCCCCGGUGAGAGGCAGACGAGGACGUAG